CAGCAGCAGCAGUAGAAAAAAAAAAUCGUUUCCGAUUGACUUUGAAGUAGACGUUUACCACGGCGAUGGCUGCGUCUUCUUCGUCCUCUUCUGCGGGAGGAGUCAGCGGCAGCUCGGUCACUGGAUCUGGGUUCAGUGCCUCGGAGCUCAUCCCUCCAAGAAAGGUGCUUUACACGUAUCCUAAAGGCGCAGGAGAAAUGAUGGAAGAUGGCUCAGACCGAUUUUUAUGUGAGUCUGUUUUCAGCUACCAAGUUGCCUCCACACUAAAACAAGUUAAACAUGAUCAGCAAGUGUCUCGAAUGGAGAAACUUGCGAGCUUGGUGGAGGAGCUAGAAGCAGACGAGUGGCGGUAUAAACCUAUUGAGCAGCUAUUAGGAUUUACACCGUCUUGAAUACAGCUAUCAGGUGCCUUCAGAAAAUAAAGAAGCCAAAUAGAAGGAGGUGGUUUAUUUUAGUGUAUAGCUAUAUUCAUUUGUUUGGUUUUAUUCUAUUUCAGAUUCUUUAUAUCUGGAAAUACUGAAUGUGAGAUCACUUUCGCAAUAGUCUGAGCAUUGCUUUCUUUUUAAACACGUCUUGUUUACCCAAAAUAAAAUAACUAAAACACCUCUCAGUAAAAAUCUUUGUUUGUAAUAAUUGUAAACAUAUCAAAGUUUUUUUCUGCAAGUUCUUGGUAUGUUUUUUUUUUCCAUCUGAUUUAUGCUGGAAGGUUAGGUUGUUUUUCCAGCCAAAGCUGUUCUCAGUGUUAGGGGAGAAAACAUUUAUGUUGUGUAAUAAAUCCCUUGAAGUGAGGUAUUGUGUUUCCUCAUGGCUGCUUUGUAACUCAUAAAUCUGAAAAACUCCUGCCUGCUCGCUCUCUCUCCCCUCUCCUUAGUGAGUCCUCAUCUCUGUUUGCUCCAGCACAACAAAGGGAGCUUGUAAAUAAAGUCAUACUUGGACAUUC